UUGUGAUACUCUUUCAUAGUUUCCUUUACAAUGUUUUUAAUUUUUAAAAAACACAAAGUCCUAUUUCAUGACAGUAUCCUUUCACUACUUUCUGAAUACAGCAAUCAGUUUUUCACUCUCAAAAGUCAAGUAGUAAAGAAGCAAGAAAGUGAUCAUGAUACCAAUAUAUGAAAUUAAUAAUACAUUAGGUAAGUUUUCAGUAGUAAACAUGUAGGAUAAUUUUAGGAGAAAUGUUAUUUUGAGGUACCUUAGCCAUGCUAUCGAUUAAUCAAAUAUAAGCAUAUAAAAAAUAAACUUUGAAUGUUAAUUAUAACUUACUAAACAUGUUCUAAAAUAAUAACUAUGUAUAACAAUGGUUAAAUAUCAGAAAUUAAAGUAAAUCCUAUGUAUGUAACUCAGAGAACUGAGUUAUGAUGGUACUGAAAUUUGGGUAUGGUAGUUGGGAAAAUUAGAUGGUAGUAGUUUGAAGUAGAGUAAAAUUUUAAUUUUAGGUUAGUAUAAAGAAUCCAGUUGUUUAAAAAUUUGUAUUUAAUAAAAGUAAAAUCAACAUUACUAUUUUUGAACAUGAUUUUAACAAGAUUAUUUUAGCUUAGCAAAUAGUGAGAUCUAAGAAAUAUAAAUACUAUAUAAUCAGAUAAAAUUUCAUCUAAUUUUAGCUUAACAGUUAAGGUGGGAUUUUGAGUUGUGAGAGUGAUAGUUCAAUAUUGGUCGAAAAUUAUCCAUUCUCCUUGUCCCCAUUUUGAGUUUAUCUUUGUGGGUUCUAACAUUUUUAUCUGGUAAGUUACUUUAUAGGUAGGGAAUUCUAUAUUAUCACUCUGUACUAAUUGGAGACCAGUUUAAAACACCAAAUCUUUGCAUUCAUAAUUUUUUUGAAGACUUUAUCCAGGCUAAAGAAUAUACUUACUACUGAGAGCAUUUCCAGGCUUCUCGACUGUAGACUAGGUGCAUUAAUUUUAUUAAUGAUUUUUGAAUCACAAAGUUUUAUUUUGCUAGCCACCAUAGAAGUAUCUUAAAAGAAGUUUAAAAAUAACUCUUGAGAUUUGGAUAGAAUUCUAACAUUUUCUGCUCCAAUGUAUAUAUGUACUUAAUUUAAAGAUACAAAGAUGAUCCCACAUUGUUUCUAUAACUGAGAUCAUUUCAUAGUAUUACUGCAUCCUUUUUUGAAUGACUGUUCUUCAGACUUACUGUCUUUUAGACCCAUUCUUACAUGUUAAUAUGCAAAUAAGCAAAUUUCAAGGGCAGCAGCAAAAAUGACCAUUUAAUACAAAGAUGGCAAACAUUUUGACAAUUCUUUUUAAUUCAUUAAGUCACAUGUAUUAUAUGCAUUGAAAUUAAUUUCACAAAUGGAAAUCAUAUAUAUGGGGAAGUUGUUUUAGGAGAAAUUUCAGUAGUAUAUUCAUAAUCUUUGAAAUUCUGGGCGACUGAACUAAGUAUUGAUCCCUUGCAUAUAUUUUCAGCGGCGUAUUCUAAACAUUACUUUUUAAAGGUGUGGUUUUUAAAUAUGUGGGGGUCGUCCUGCAGGCAUGAUUUCAUUUUCUGCCGUAUACUUUUCUUUCUGGUCUUUUCUUCUGCUAAAUCUUUGAAUUAUCCUAAGUAUUAAAGAGCACGGCUGUCAAGAAAAGUAUCUUCUUUUCGAGAUGAAUGUUUACACUAGCAAAGUAUUUUAUUUUAGACAUGAGAAUUCUAAUUCUGAAGAAGAAAAUUUCAAAAGGUUAUUCAUUUCUUGUUCCUUAUCUCUCGUCCCAUCCUUAAAAUACAAGUUAAAUCUUAAUCGGAAUCCUUUUCCCAUCGUGGAACCAAGCGCUGGUACCAAACUUGAAGAGGAAGGCUUUUACUUUGUUAGCCAAGUGUUUAUGAAACCCCAGCGCUCUCCCCAGAUCUUUGGGCUGAUAAUCGCAAACAUGGAGGAUGCUUCUGAUUCUUCACUAGGGGUUGCUCCAUUAAUUAAUAAUGUAGCUCUCCCAGGCUCUCCUCCGUCUCUUCCUGUAUCAGUGACAGGCUGUAAAAGUCAUCGAGUAGCCAAUAAAAAGGUAGAAGCGAGAAGUGAAAAGCUCCUCCCAACAGCUCUUCCUCCUUCAGAGCCGAAAGUAGAUCAGAAACUUCCCAGGAGCUCCGAGAGGCGGGGAAGUGGCGGUGGGACGCGAUCCCCCGCGCGGAGCCAGGCCGUGGCAGCGGGAGAAGCGGCGGCCGGCGCCGGCCGGCGCCGGCAGGGAGGUGUAGGCGAGCGGGGGAACAAAGCGGAGCGGCGCCGGGGUCCGCCAGCAGCGAACUCCCUCGCGGCGUCGGGCCGGCCGGCUGCGCGCCGAGCACGUUGUGAGCCCGGCGGCGGCGGCGGCGGCGGCAGGCAGGGAGCGGGCGCUGGGGGAGGGGGCCGCCGCUCCCGCACCGCCCGCGGCAGGGCGUCCGGCCCCAUUGUGAGCCGGCAGCCGGGCGUGCGGAGGUGGGGCGGCUCCGCCGGUUCACUACCCUGGUCGCGACAGCAGCCACCUCGACUCGGGUGGCAGCCGCGGUGGGUCAAUCACACAAAAGGCAGCCGAGCUUCCCCCGGCGCGCGGACCGGCCCACGCCGCCGCCGCCGAGCGCUCCCUACCUUACCGGCUUUCCUUUCCCUCCAAUUUUGA